UGACAUCAGACCUCCACACACGGCAAGCCCAGAUUCUACUCCUACAAUAAAGCCACGGGAUAAAUGAUACCAAAAGAGCAUGCAUAGGAAGUUGUGGAACUUCAUUUCCAGCCUGGUCUGGGACACUAUUGAAUUUCCCCUGAAGAUUCUCAACAUACUGUAAGGCCAAUUACAGAAACUCGGUCAAACCCAAUCCUAUCAAGAACAUUGUCAAAGCCACGAUGCCUCACAAACCUCUCCGCCAACUCGCCGCCGAAAAGGCCCAAGGCACGGGGGCCAACCCCUCACAGCUGGGCGAUCCCAGCGAUCUCAAGGCCGAGACCAGCAACGGCCCGGAUCCGGUUGAAAAUCCCCAUGGCCACACUCCCUCCCUCUCUUCAUCCUACUCAUGGGCCAGCAAAGGUGACAAUAUCGGCAUCAAGCUCAAGGUGCCGCGGUCGGCGCUCGAAGGAGACCCAGACCAAAAGGGCGAGGAGGAGGGAACUGUGGUGGGGAUCGGAGACGGGGCUGGGCCGGUUGGGGGUGUGUGGAAGAAGGGGUCCAAGUUGUAAUUUGGGAAUAAGAACAACGAUGGUUGGUUGAAAGGGUGAAGGUUGUUAACAGUAAUGUUGCAUUACGGGAAUCCUGGUGAAGUCAAUUGUUGAUGUCGGGUCCCAUGAAAGACCAUGGCGCUGGAAGGAGGUUGCUAACUUCGGCAUGUAUAUACAAACCAGCGAGCGGCCGUUGAGCAUGAGGAGACAUUGACUUUACAAGCGGCCAAAGGUCUGAAUGUGAAAAGAAACACUGGAUGAGAAGUUCUGGGAGCAAUGAGGACAGAUAGGGAGGCCUAAAGUUCCGCACAAGGUCAGGGACAAUAUCAAGUAAAUAAUGUGGGCGGUCUCGGCGAGGUGCUUGCUAAUUUCCUGAAUCCAAUAUGUGGUCAUUACAAC